AUGUAUCUGAUUGGUCCAUUGCUGACCAAUUAUAUUUUACCAUGUGCGGAUGCCCCUGGGCGUUUUCUUUCUAAUGGUGAAAAUCGCAGGUCGCUAGCUACAUCCGUUCAGAAGAUAUUCCUCCUUGAGUUUUCUCCAUCUAUUUCUGGCGCCGACAUUAGUGAUCAAUUAAAUAGUGAAUUGCCUCCUAGUCAACAACCUAUCCAACAUGAAGGAAUAUCUUAUGUUAAUAAAACAGAUUAUUCUAAUAAACAUAUUCGUACAUGUCAAACAACUAAACAUCAUUAUAAAUUACCGAUGAAAAUAAGUUAUAGAAUAUCUUCAAAUAUGCCAUCGACUACUAAUAAUACAGAAAUAAAUCAAGGAACAAAUAUAUCUAUUGAUUUACGUAGUUCUUCAAUUCCAUAUAAAAAUUCUCAAACAAAAAGAAUAUCAAGUCAAUAUGCAACGACAGAUAAUAUCAAUAAUUCGACGAAUAGAUCCUUCCAAAGAAUAAAUUCUCGACGAAGACAAACAUCAAACUUAAUUGAAAAUUCUGCUGAAUUAACUCGAUCUUAUAGUAAUCAAUGUAAACAUUGUCAAAUAACAGUAUGUGAUACAUGUAUUUGUAAUAAUAUAAAAUGUCUUGUUGAAAAUACGAUAAAUCCUAAUAUAGUUUGUCCUUAA